CAAGCUGAUAUCUGGACUGGAACUUCACGAGACCCUGAGCCAGAACUGUCUAGCUAAGCCGUCCACAUUCCUGACCCAGAGAAGCUGUCAUUAGAAAUCUGUCACCCAGCCUAUGGCUGUGUGCUCCAGGCCUCAAUGAGGAGUCCAAACAUGGAAACAUUCAAGCAGCAGAAGGUGGAGGACUUUUAUGACAUCGGAGAGGAGCUGGGCAGCGGCCAGUUUGCCAUUGUGAAGAAGUGCCGAGAGAAAAGCACGGGUCUGGAGUACGCGGCCAAGUUCAUCAAAAAGCGGCAGAGCCGGGCCAGCCGGCGCGGCGUGUGCCGGGAGGAGAUUGAGCGGGAAGUGAGCAUCCUGCGGCAGGUGCUGCACCCCAACGUCAUCACGCUGCACGACGUCUUUGAGAACCGCACCGACGUGGUGCUCAUCCUUGAGCUAGUGUCGGGAGGAGAGCUCUUCGACUUCCUGGCCCAGAAGGAGUCGCUGAGUGAGGAGGAGGCCACCAGCUUCAUCAAGCAGAUCCUGGAGGGUGUGAACUACCUUCAUGCCAUGAAAAUUGCUCACUUUGAUCUCAAGCCAGAAAACAUUAUGUUGUUAGACAAGAAUAUUCCCAUUCCACACAUCAAGCUGAUUGACUUUGGCCUGGCUCAUGAAAUAGAAGAUGGAGUUGAAUUUAAGAACAUUUUUGGGACGCCAGAAUUUGUUGCUCCAGAAAUUGUGAACUACGAGCCCCUGGGCCUGGAGGCUGACAUGUGGAGCAUAGGCGUCAUCACAUACAUCCUCCUAAGUGGAGCAUCCCCUUUCCUGGGAGACACGAAGCAGGAAACGCUAGCAAAUAUCACAGCAGUGAGUUAUGACUUUGACGAGGAAUUCUUCAGCCAGACCAGUGAGCUCGCCAAGGACUUCAUUCGGAAGCUUCUGGUUAAAGACACCCGGAAACGGCUCACAAUCCAGGAGGCUCUCAGACAUCCCUGGAUCACGUCCAAAGGAGAAGUCAGAGCCCCGGAACAGCAGAAGACAGAACCUCCCCAGCUGAAGACCAAGCGCCUGAGAGAAUACACCCUCAAAUGCCACUCGAGCAUGCCCCCCAAUAACACCUACGUCAACUUUGAGCGUUUUGCCCGUGUAGUAGAGGACGUGGCUCAGGUCGACCAGGGAUGCCGUGCCCUGGCAGGGACCCAUGACACCAUCCAGGACGAUGUGGAGGCCCUGGUCUCCAUAUACAACGAGAAGGAAGCUUGGUACCGAGAGGAGAGCGAGAGUACCCGGCAUGACCUAUCCCAGCUCAAGUACGAGUUCCGCAAAGUGGAGUCCUUGAAGAAGCUCCUGCGAGAAGACAUCCAGGCCACAGGGGACUGCCUCGGAAGCAUGGCCAGGAAAUUGGACCAUCUGCAGGCACAGUUUGAAGCUUUAAGGCAGGAGUGCUCAGCAGACCUACAGUGGAUCCAGGAACUGGUGGGCAGCUUCCAGCUGGAGAAUAGGAACGCAGAUGGCCUGGGCUCCAUGUUCCACAGGGACGCCAGGGAGUCCCUAGUGGAGCUGCUCGACAGAUCAGCCAGCAAGGAAGUCUUGGCCGGCUUGAAGCUCUGAGUACCAGAAUCUAGUCGGUGAUGCAUCCUGGAUGAUUUGCAGAAGCGUGCUUCCGAGUGCCCUGCCAGGGCAUCAGCUAGAAUUAUCCUGUGGGGUGUGUGUCUGUAGCAGAGCCUUCCACCCCCUUCACAGAAUCCAGAACCAGGAAGGUGCUAGCUAGUUAUUCAUUCUGCACCUCCUCUCACCAACCUGGGUUUCUGGGAGGGUGGCUGGCACAGAGAGCAGCCUGUUUAAACAGCAGGCUGUUCAAACAAUUGUAAGUGAAUACCCCUCCGCAAACCCUUCUCUGGAGGGAGGAUGGCUGGCCCUGGGGAGAUGCUUGAUAAUUAAUUUGUAAUAAUGGAUUUGUUCACACCUCACUUCCCAUCUCUGUGCCUUAGGGACUGCAGACUAAAGGGCAAUCUUUGCCUUAGCUAAGGAUAACAAUAAGCCAGUGUGGUGCUUUCCUGCUACAGAAGGAGGGAUUUAAAAUGCACGGAGAAAAUAUUACCUUUUAUUUGCACUGGCUUUUCACUUACUGAGCACUUCCGUCUUUGAUCUUUUAAAGAACUCUGUGAGCAGGAAGGUGGGUGGUAUUAUUAUUGUUGUUACUAUUAUUUCCAUGUAACUGUUGAGGAAAUUGAUACAGAGAGGACAAGUAACUUACUCAAGGUCUUUCGUAGCUGGUCGAUAUGGAUGGAACAGAAACCUAAGAAGCCUGACCCUCAGAUGAGGUCUAUGGGAAGAAAUAGUGAGACUUUGCUAUAAGUAUCCACCUUCACGUUGAAGUUCAGGUCCAGAGGUAAAGUUAGCAACUUCCUCUAGUUCAUGUAUUCUGCCAGGUAUAAGUAGAAUGCCCCAUUCCUUUAGACAAUUGUCCCAAGAAGUGGGUCCUGGAGGGUGCGGUUCGUGGGUCCUAUCUAGCCCUAUCCCUGUCUGAAGAUCAGCUUGCAGAGCAGUAGGCGAGGGGCAGCAUCUCCCCCUUUUCCCCUCUACCCCUUCUAGCUAAAGGCCCCAACCUUGUGUUAGGAAUGAAGACCGAAAGGAACUCAACAAGAAGGUCCCUUUUCUUAUGUACCUAGGGCACUGGGACCCUGAAAGGGCUGAGAAACUCUGAGAGAGUUUAAGACUGGGAAGCACAGGCUCAGUGGUCCCUGCCUGACGCCAAGCUUUGAGCACACCUCCCUGAGGACCGUGUGAGGUCAUCUCCCUGGAGGGGCCAGUCAGCCAGCUCAUAUGGACAGAGCGUGGUGGAGUGUGGGCCUGGCACUGGGCUAGAAGCUUGGGGGUGAGGGACCAGAUGGUAUCAUUUCAAACUGACUUCACAGAUUCACAAAACACCCUUGUCAGAUAGGCAGGGUAGGUGUUAUUCCCAAUUUGAAGAUGCGGAAACAGAGAGGCUGUGAUUUGCCCAAGGCCACGGUCGUGGUAAAAGUGGCACCCUUCUGAUGAUACUCUCUUGCUCUUUCUUGCUUCCCCUAACUGCCCCAGGCUCCAGGAGUUUAUUCUCUGCUUAUAGGGCAGGGAUACCCAGACUCACCCAUCCGUCUAUUGACAAAUAAUGUUUGAGCACCUGCCAACUGCCGGGCAGUCGGGUUGGCACUGGGGAUACAAUGUUGAGUGAAAACAGGCUCAUUUCCUGCCUUCAUGGAGUUCACAGUCAGGAAGAGGAUUCCAACAUUAAUCUAGAACAUUCUGCAAGUACAGAAGUGCAGGUGGAACACAUGCUAUGAAAGAGAAGUGUGUAGCUGGCAGCAGGGGUUUGAUCUAGUCGGGGAAGGCUUCCCUGAGGUGGUGAUGCUGGAGGCGAGGUCUGUGAAGCAAAGCAGGGAGAAAGAAGUGUUCCCGACGGAGCUGUCAGGGCUAGGGCUCGGUGGUGGAGGGGGCAUGGAAGCUGGAAAGGAGAGGAUAAGGUGGAUAUAUAUAUGGUGUAGAUGGGUCUGGAGAGGAGGCAUGACCAGUGGUACUUUGCCAUAUUAAAGAGCUCUGCCUUCAUCCCAAGAAUCAUGGGGAGCCAUGAUGGAUGCCAGGCUAGUCAGCAGCCUGCGCUGCUGGGCGGGGGGAGGGCAUGGCCAGUGAGCAGCACAGAUGGCAAGUGGUUUGGGAUGAGACAUGAGAUUUUGACCCCAUGCAAACCUACCUCCUUUUCCAUUAUCCUGCCAGAUCAUCUCAAAUAUCAUAUAUAAUAUUUGUAACAGAAACAGUUUCUAUCAAAUGUAAGAAACCAUAUUUUCAUCAAAUAUAUGAUGCGUUGUUAUUUCAGAUACCGAAAAUAAGAAAGAAAAAAGCCAAGUGAGGUAGGAGACCGCCUCCCCUCCCCCCACCCCAAAGCUGAGACACCUUCACUGAAGAAGGCAAACCAAGAAAUAAAGCCAUCGUGCAAAAAGGGAAAGCAAGGAAACGUGUGUUUCAUCCUUAAUGCUAGAUGGAGGGAUGAAAAAUCCUCUCCUGAGAAGAGGAGCCCCAGGUGGGUGGUACUCAUGCAGGUGUGCUUUCUGUAUUUGCCCAAUCCGUGUGAUCCGAACAAACCUUAAGCAGAGAAUCUAAUGUCACACGGUCUGAGGUUGGGUGGCCCCUGAUGUCCAACAGGAGCAGUGUGUUCAUCUGGAGCACCUGUCUUCACUUUGGACCCACUGUAAUGAUAUGAUGCCGUUGGUUAGAAGAGAAGUCCUGAUUUCAGAGGUCCAAAAGUGUGUGCAUUUGGAAUCGGAGAUGGAAGAUAGCGAAGCCCUGUUUCCUGUGCCCUGCCUGGGAGACUGGCUACAAAUGACCUGUCUCCAGUCUCUUCAAGAACUUACUCACCCUUUAGCCAUGUCACUAGACCUUGACCUCAUACAACCAGAUUUCCUAAAGGAAAGAAGCCCCCAGCUGAGUAACUCAGGUUAAACUUUCUUGUGAAGGUCGAGAUAAAAGGCACUACAGGAGUAAGACGUUGGUGCUGAUUUGAGUUAAGGAGACUGGGAACAGGGAGGGGAAAGCGGUUAGUCCAGAAUCGUGGCACCGGCCACUCACCGUUCGUGCUGGGAGGUACUGAGAGGCGAACCACCAGACGCUCUCGUUUUACAGCAUUUGACAGGACAAGACUCGGCGGGAGUCAUGCAGCUGGUCACCCCCAGAGCUGGGGCCAGAACCAUGAGUGGUUUUCCUCCCAGUCGUGGAAUCAUCCUCUCUGUGUUCAUGUCCUGUCAUUGGUAACUAUUUAUUAUUUAGAUGUUUAAUAAACAGGCCCUUUUCUGUACCUAAGAGCUUCUGAACACAAGUUGAAAUGAACUGAGACGUGCCCCCAAGUGUUUCAGGGAAAUUAGAGGAGGCUGUGACCUUCCUCUGUCACCUGGCCAGUCCAACUCCUGUCACCCUGUGGUAUCAGAACUUGAUGCCAAGGGGAGAGCCCAAGGAGGCCUGUGGAACGCCCAGCUGGAGGAUCCGCCGGAUUCCCCGCCACAUGCCUACAGCUGGUGUCCUAACCGUGGAGUCAAGGGCAGGGCGGGGCUGACAGUGGCCGGAUGGGGUGUCAGGAGGGGAAUGUUGCACUGGUACCUAGAGGGAGGAAGGCCUGGGGGGUGCUGCCAGGCCACAUCAGCCACAAAGGAAGAGUUUUCAUUCACCACAUAUCGAGAGAUUGGCCUCUGCUCUGUGCAAACGCGACCCUGGGCUGUCGGGGAGGCUGAGCAUGUGACAUCUUCCUGAUUACAGAUUCCCAAGGAAGCUGGAGAGUUGGCAUCUGCGGAAGGCAGCAGCCUGAACCCGCUCUGAGGCAGAUGCACAUGGCACGUGAUAGCUCAGCUUUGCGGGAGGAAAGGUGGAGAGAGCCUGGUAACCGGUGAGGGGGCUGGCAGUGAAGGGACGGGGCAGAGUGAUAAUGGCAGGAGAAGUCAGUCUCCCCCGCGAGCCCUUCUCCCUGUACCGCCCACCCUCCCCCACAGGUGAUCAUGAAGACGGCAGCCCCCCACCUCUCUCUGACAGGCGGGGCACCCAGCCCGUGUGGGAGGUGGCUGUGUGCCCAGCCACCAACCCCACUGUCAGCCUCUGGAAAUGUCUGUGGCACUGAAUGGCCUUUUCUCCUUUGUCUGUGAAACUCUUGGCCUGUGGAGAAGAUUCUUUGCCCUGUAGAGGAGACCCAGCAGUGGGCAUAUUUGAGGAGCAGAAGGGACCAGUUCAUCUGGACAAACACUGAUUGUGCUCUGGCUCUGAAGGGAGGUGACAGAUAAGGACAAGACAACCCCUGAAUAAAAGACUCAGUGUCUGCGACAGAUGGGAACCACCCCCUUGCCUCUGAACUGGGAGAUGGGAAAGGCCAUGCUGAGUGAUAAAAUAGAGGUACCCAAUAUUCCAAAAAACUAGAGAGAUAAAUUUGGACUGAGAAAGGGUCAGAGGGGCAGCAAGGGUCAGAAACGUUCUCGGGGAGGGUCCCCCCCCAACGCCUCCUUCCCAAGCUGUAGCCUGAGAAGGUGCCACGUAGAAUUUGGAGGGGUGGGCAUGAGCCCAGAUUAGGGUCAGGAGCCUGGACCUGUUAAACAGAGAUAAAAGAGGAGCUUUACAGAAAUUUAAGAGAGGGGGUGUUUUCGCUUUGAACUUUUGGUUGUGGGAAAUUUUCACAAAUAUCCAAAAUAGUAUAGUGAAUUCCAUAUGCCUCUCACCCAGCUGCAACAGUGAGCAAGUUAUGGCCCAUGAUCUCACAUGCACCUGCACCAUCGCUGUUUCUGGAAUAUUUUAAAGGAAACUUUAGACUUAUUUCACUCAUAAAUUCUUCAGCAUGAAUUUCUAAGCACUUUCUUUUUAAUACUACUCCUGUACCAUUAUCACACCUAACAAAACCAAGAAUCAUUCCUUAAUAUCAUGUGGAUACAU